CGAAGUAAGCAUUUAGUCUCACCCAGCUGUUGUUAUCAAGAAAUUAUUUUCUUUGAAAGCAAAUAAAUAUUUUUGUGAAUAUCUUGUUUUUAUAAGUGCUUUUUUGAAAAUGGCUUUACAAUAUUUUAUUUUGUGAAAAUAAGAGUUUGUUGUUUCGUGAACGGCACCGUCGCAAACUUCCUUCUGUACGCUAACUUAGCGCGGUGCAGUACACGUUUCGUGUCGUAAGACUUAAAAGUGCGUAAGCAUGCGUUACGUGGCUGCCUACCUGCUGGCCGCUCAGAGCGGCAAGGCUCCGUCCAAGGACGACAUCAAGAAGAUCCUGGGCUCGGUGGGCAUCGAGUGCGAGGACAGCCGCGCCGACCUCGUCGUCAGCCAGAUGGCCGGCAAGAAGGUCGAUGACGUCAUCGCCGCCGGUCUGACCAAGCUGGCCUCUGUGCCGUCCGGCGGCGCCGCGGCGCCGGCCGCCGCCGCCGCCGGUGGCGCCGCCCCGGCCGCUGCCAAGGAGGAGGAGAAGAAGAAGCCCGAGCCCGAGUCCGAGUCGGAGGACGACGACAUGGGCUUCGGUCUGUUCGACUAGACGCACCGCGCUCCGCUGUCGCCGCGUGACACAAUACACGGCUGAUGGCUAAA